AUGUCUGCGAACGAGUCAGCACCCAACUCAAUAAGUUCCAACCCCCGUCUCGAAGACAAAGUCUCCAUAGUAACCGGUGCAGGUUCCGGCUCCGGUGCUGGCAUCCUGUCCAAGUUCCUCUCCGAAGGCUGCCGCGGUUUAAUCUGGGACCAUAACCCCAAUCCCGUCCCUCUGUCCUCCCUCUUAGCAGGCCAAGUCCAGAUCUUCACAGCCGAUGUAUCUGACCCCUCCUCCUGGCCCCUCGCCCUCCCCACCUGCCUCCCCACUUUCGACAAAUUCGACAUCUUAACCAACAACGCGGGUGUCGUGCAUGUGGCUAACCCGAACGAAGAUGUGCCCGAGGAAGAGGUAGAUCGGGUAUUGCGUGUGAAUGUCAAGCCGUUGUAUUUUAGCGCGGGGACGGUGGUGCCAUAUUGGAGCAGAAAGGGGGAGGGAGGGGUGGUAUUGAAUUUGAGCAGUACUUCGGCGCCGAGACCAAGGUUGAGACUGGCGACUCGAGGGCUUGCACCCGAGGUUGCGCCAGUGCUGGGGGAUGUUGAUACUCCAGAAGGACGUGCAAUCGCCCUUGUCGAGAUUCCAAUUGGUAGAAUUUGUACUCCAAAAAUAUUGGGGGAUGCGGCGUGUUUUCUGGCUAGUGACGAGGCAGCACUCUUAACUGUAAAUUUUGAUGGUGGCCGGAGUUUGAUGUGA